AUGGCACCGGAAACUCCCAUUAAUGUAGUUAACUUGAAUGCAACUGGGUCUGCAUCUAUUAACAGUCAAGUGCUUGAUUGUAACGAUCCGCUGUAUGUUCAUCCAUCUGAUACACCUGGAGUUACACUUGUUCCUCAAUUGCUUAUAGGAUCUGAGAACUACUCCGAAUGGAGCAGAUCUAUGAAAUUGUCAUUACUUGUGAAGAACAAAAUAGGUUUUAUUGAUGGCAGUUGUAAGAGGGGAGAUUAUGAAAAUGAUGCUUUUAGAACACAUCAGUGGGAUAGGUGCAAUGCUAUAGUUCAACAAUGGAUUAUGAAUUCAGUAGCACAUGAAUUGAGGAAAGGAAUUGUCUAUUCCUCAAGUGCUCAAAGGAUUUGGAAUGUCCUAAAAGAGAGGUUUGACAAAGUCAAUGCUAGCAAAGUGUAUCACUUGAACAGAGAAGUUAGCAGUUUAUCACAAGGAACAUCUAGUGUAGCAGUUUACUUCACCAGAUUAUGUGAUUUGUGGGCUGAGUUUGAGUCAGUCAUACCAUUCCCAGGGUGUGAUUGUCCUAAGUCUAGGGCAUUUGUUGAGUUCCUACACCAAUAG